AUGUCUACCGAGUUAAUUUUAAACCAAGCAAAGACGGACGUGAUCUCGCACAUUUCGAAUCACCCUACUUUAAACAAGUUCCACGACAACCGGUAUACGCGACCCGCCAACUGCCGAGGCGUCAAGCGCAACGUCGAUGGAGAGACAGUUACUGGUGGCCAAGGAUGGAAAGUGCACCUGGAACACAUGGAUGCGCUGAAAGAGUCUUGGACAGAUCUUGGCCUCCUCCCUCAACAGUCUGACGAAGAGGAAUAUCGGGAUAUCCGUACCUAUCCAGCUGCGUGUGGCGUCCCAGAUCUUUCAAUAAUUGCCGACGAUGAAUCCGAAUCCGAGAUUUCGCAGACACGGCCAAUGCCCCAACCCGCCUCAGCUGCCGCAACCUCACCCGCCAAGCGCAAGGCCAGACUUGAUAAUUAUAGUCGUACCAACCUUGGAUUGGGCUCGACAUUGGUUAAAUUAAACCCUGGUAUUACGCCAGCCUCGAUUCUGACAUCGCCUAUCAAGUCUCAGACUUCACCACCUCGAGUUGCUCCAGCUGUGUCAUCUGCCAUCAGCUUGAAUGAGAAUAUCACUUUGGAACCGAAGCUUCCACAACUCGCCAUGAACCUUCCUCCACAUGGGCCAGCCAAGGGCUUCAAGCCAUCGCUUUAUUCUGCACCCACCACCAUUAAAGAAGGUCGCACAUCGAGCCCUAUGACGCCCCAGCAUGUCUCGUCCCCUACCAAACGUCCUGGAGCACCCACGCCUUCUCGCUGGUCCCGAUCUCCGCUUGCCACCCCUAAUUUCGGCACGCCCGCCACGCAACAGAGAACUACUCCGCUCAGACCUCUGGGCAUCGUUAAUUCUAUCUGUCCUUCUACUCCCAAUCUUGAUGGCGUUCCUCCUACUUGGGAGAGUAAUCCGGAGAUGUUUGAUUUUGGAGAAAUCAGUGACAUACAAAUGAGCCCUAGAAUCGACUGGCUUCGAAACGAUGCGUCUGAGUCUAAGGAAGCAACCCGAACUCAGAUCGUGAAUAAGAGCCGAAGACGGAAGAGUGAGCCUAUCCUGAAUAGGCAUUUGAAGAAGCUUGGGGCCUCGCGCCGCCAAUCAGAUAUGCAUCAAAUCCUAUCAUCUCUCACAGACGAUCACGAUGAUGUCACUCAACAAAGCCCAGGUCUGCAAAUAUUCGAGACCCAGGCUGCUCUGCCCGCUUCUCACGAAACGGAUGUAUCAACACCUACACACCAGCAAGAACCUGGAAACGAGUCUCUAACAGCGUCAUCGAGAGUUGGCAGCGCCGGACCGAUCACACCAUUCUCAAAGUACUUCCUUGAAAGGCAGCCCUUGUCAGUUGUACGACCAGCCGGAACACGCUCGGAUCGCAACGGAAUUUAUAGCAUCGACAUGCGGCAGAAUCCCGACAUCUUUAAUUCUCGAGUUGUCAUUGCCCCUGCAGUAGAGAAGCUGGCAGACUUGGCUGGAGAAAGCUGCGACGGGUAUGCCAAUGUUGUGGUUACCCAGUCUAGCGGAAAGCUUGUUGUUCGGUUUAAGUUGCCGACCAAAUAUGCCUCUCUAUUUCCUCAGAGCCAAGUUGCUGAUGAGCCGCAUUUGGAAUCAGUUUCUUCUCCACACACCGCUGCUGAAAUCUCACGGAAUAUCCAUCAGGCUGUUGACAAGACAUCAUCAAACAAUACUCCCACGCCCUCACCGCACAAACAUAUAAGCCGUACCGGCCUUGGCAUCAUGGAUAGCGCAUUCACUCCAGGUAAUCUUGUGGGAACAUCUUCGCCCCUCAAGAAAGUCCAAUUCCCCAGCAGUCCAGCGAACGAAGACUCGAAUGACCAGACGCUUGUCGUAGGUGACUUUGACAUGGAACCAUACAUGGAUGGAACACCAUUGAGGUCAAACGUUUCACCUGUCUUCCAGUCUUCAGAAAUCAAGACACCUGCUCGGCCAAGUCAGAAUCUUGAUGCGCAGGCCCCGAGCUCAGGGCUGAUCAGCGAUCUAUCAAUUGAGCCGUCGUUUCAGACUCCUACAUUUGCCAACAUUGACUUUUCACCGGCUCUGCCUGGAGAUUCCAAAGCAACACCGUGCAAGGCGACACUAUCCAAGGCAACACCAUCUAAGCAGCCAUCAGCUUCCUCCCGCCGGAAUACUCCUUCUGAACCAAAGGUCAAGACACCAUCAGUUUCGCCUGACCGGGAUAUCUCUGCCGAAGCUCAGGUGAAGACAAGCCCAGGAGGUACACCAUUAGCUACAUCGUUCACUCCCGUCAACAAGAACUCUCCCCGUAAUUCUGGAGCUGUGCCCACGAGCGGACUUCGUUCACUACGCGCGCCAACUCCUUCUAAGGAAGAUUGCCAAAUUGGAGCUGAAGAGCCUGUUGCGCCUAAGCAGCCCAUCACAAAGGAGAACGCAAGCAAGAAGACUACCGAACAGAAUCUUGAUAGCCCUGGUCGAGAAUACAUGCGGGCUUUUAUUAGGAAUAUGAAGCCCAAGCGAUUGUCUACAACCGAAACUGGCUCACCCAUCGCACAUUCCCCGGCCCGUGUCCCGUUGGAGGCUAAGAGCCCUAAUGCCGGAAACGACAGCCCUAAAAAGUUGAAGCGCAAGCAAGGCGUUGAAGGCGACAGUGAGGAUUCGCCAGCGAAGAAGUCCGAGGAGCCUGCUGUGAAGCGAAUCCGCCGCUUGGGCAAUUUGUCGAAGGAGAAGACAGAAGAAUUAGGACCAAAGCGUAAGGCAAAGCCAAGUGCUCAGAAAUCCGCGGUUGAGCAAGACAACGUGCCUAGUCCCCGCAAGCAGGAACAGAAGGAGGUGGCAUCGGAGGAAGAACCAUGCCGUCGCUCGAGCCGUCUGAAUACCCAGGAGAAGAAGUCCUCCAUCCCGACGUCUAUCAAACUAGGCCGACCUACUGCUGGGCGGGAUCCUGUUCAAGGAAAGUUGAACUCGGCGGUGCGAAAUGAGCAAGCAGAGCUCACGCGCCAGACGAAUUUGAACACCAAGAGGAACAAGGGCAAGGCCGAAUCGGUACAGCAAAUCCUGGCUAGAGUCUCGGAGGAGCUUUCCGAAGGCGAGUCGAACGACUCAGCAAGCGACGGGUCAACCAGGAAGAAGGCUAAGAACGUCACCUGGAGAACGCCCCUCGAGUCUCACCAAGGUGAGAAGACCAAGCGUGGCCGUCCUGCCGGCACACUUGGCAAGAAGAAGGCCACGCAGGGCGAGGCUGGGGUGUCAAAGCCCAAGGCGACACCCCAGAAGCCUCGCAUUUCCAAAGUGGCGGCCCAGAGUCUGGGCAUGGCGGGGAAUGGCACCCCCGCCAAGCGGAUGACCCGCGCCCGGACUCGAAGCCAAAAUUGA